ACUGCAUUUUUUUUAAAUAAAACCUAUUAUUUACAACAAAUGGAAAUCAAUGCCUUUCUAUUGCACGAGGGACUCGAGGCUUUCCAUUGCGUUACCAACGUUAGGUAGGUCGUUGCUAACGUUAGCGACUCAAAAAAGCUCGUCGAUUCGUUGUUUCUUUACGUAAAACCAUCAUAGCAACCAUAUUAUUGGGAACAUCAAAUCAUUCCAGUCUAGUGCGUGGAACGAAACCUCGCUCCGUAAAAACAAAAAACAGAACGCGUAGAAAUAGUGCCAAUAUGACGAUUCAUUGCCAGAAGAAGAGUACCGCUUCGAAGCCAGCUGAAAAUUCCUUUCUUUACACGCCUUGCCACUGUCCGGUCGGGAAGUUACUGGAUCAGCAGCAGCACAUACGGUGUGAAAAACCUCGCAUGCCCACCGUCCGAAGGGUAUCGAGAAGAAUACAAUAUUUGGCCAAACCGCGGUUGCCUCGCGGUAGGUACGAACCACGUGCUGUGAUUCGUAGCACCAAGCAAACGGAAGUGUGUCGCACGUACAAGGAACCAUACGCCUCGAAGCGCAUACAGCAACUUGCUUUACCGCACGUGCGAAAGUUAGUUGCGGCUCAACAGGAAUAUCGUCGUUUUAUUGCACGUCGCCAGCAGGACCAUCUUGAGAAGCGUAUCAAGAAGAGCAUCUUUACCGUGUACAGUCGAUUGGCGAAUGUUCAACUGCCGGAAGUAGAUAAAUUCAAGGGCAUGACUCAGGAGGAGUGGCAAAAGCAUCAGGAUUGGCUCGUGCGUAACGCACAAGCAAAGCAAGCGCCCGUUGCGGAUCCACCGAAACGUGAGCGUAAACCAUUGGCGGCUUUGAUCAAUCGUAUUGAAAGCCUGUCGGAACCACGAUUCGCUCGGAAGAAAUUUACCGGACCGGAAAAGGUAGGACCCGCGGCUAAACCGGCCGCUUUGAAAGCGAUGGCUUCCGAGCAUGUAGCCAAACUAGCCGAACCGCUUGAGCGUCGUCGACGUGCCAAAGGGUUGGUGGUGGAGGACACACGACUGCCGGAAAAUGUAUUAAAAGCCGUUGCGUCUAGCCGUGUGGCAGAGCUUGCUGUUGCGAAGUCCUACCGGAACGUAAACAACGAGUACCGUGAUAAACCGUUUACGGUCGAACCGAACGCAUUGAAGGCGAAGCCGUCCGAUCGCAUCCUGGAGCUGGCCAAACCGAAGAAGACGAAAAAGUAAACGAAUUUUUGUUAGGCACAUCUGAAUUUCAAGAACUAUGAAUUCUCAUUAUGACAAAUUAGCUAAAUUAUGCAUUGCGAAGUGGCGGACAAAUAGGAUUGUUAAACAAAACGAAUGUUGCUUUACCAACCGGUA